UUAUUGGGGACGAAUUAAUCACACCUCAAAAAAAGCUGCUACCCUUUGAGCAAUACCCAAGUCUCACCAUUCAUUCUGCCUUUAAGCUGUUGUCUGAUAGGUUUUCAUCAUUAAAAUGUUUGAAACGCUCCGCCCACUUUUGAAAAUGAGCUAAGGGGAAGCUACUGUUAUCACCUACAUAAAUACACUGAGCUUUUGUCUGAUACCACAGCCCUGUGUUUAUCUCCAACACAACCACCUUAGAAAGCCUGAAAGAAUCAUGCUUAGGAAUGAAGGGCUAGGCCUCGCGAUCAGCGGAACCUUAAAAGCCGGGGAUGAGACAGACUGGAGUCCGGACGGGAAAGAGGACUUCCCACACCGCAUCAGGUUUAAGACUUCCGCCCCGCAGAGAACCUGACUCCACCCCCACUCUCCAGUCCGCCCAGCUCGAGUCCUGCGCAGUCUCCUGGAGUUAUUUGCCGUCUCUAUGGCAACCCGGUAGCUGGUGUCCGAAGAUGGAGAACUUUGAUUCUACCGAGGGAUCGCGAUCUUUCCAAGUACAGCCCGCCUCUCGAGGACUGGAAUCCUCUUCGGAAUCGUUUCCUUCUUCGGACGGCGGUCCUAGGUCGGCCCUGGCAGCCGCAAAGGCAGCAGCUGCAGCAGCUGCAGCAGCCGCUACAGCCACUGCAGUCGCCUCCACUGCCAAAGCAGCUGUAUUAUCUGCAAAGACCCAAGCUCCCUAUUCUGAGCGAAGCCUUCUCAUGGAUCCCUCCUCUGACAGUCCGCUUGGGAAGCCCUGCCCCGGACCCAGCUUUACCCACAAGAUAGGCCAUGGGAGAAUUGGCUUUAAGCCUGUCUAUGUUUCCUGUAUUGCUCGGGAUCCCUGUACUACAAAUGACCUGAGCUGUAGCCCUGACCCUGUGACUGGCUCUAGCUCUGGCCCAGUUCCUGCCUCCAGUUCUGGUCCUAGCCAUGACUCUGGUUCUAGCCAUGGCUCUGGUUCUGGCCAUGGCUCUGAUCCUGGCCAUGGCUCUGGUUCUGGCCAUGGCUCUGAUCCUGGCCAUGGCUCUGAUCCUGGCCAUGGCUUUGGUCCUGGCCGUGGCUCUGGUCCUGGCCAUGGCUCUGGUCAAGGUACCGGUCCUGAUUCUGGCCAUGGUCCUGGCUGUGACUCUGGGCCUAGUCCAGGUUGUGGCAAUGGCCCUAAGCUCAGUCCUGACACUCUUACAAGCUUCAGAAAUCCGGGAGCAGACUUGGUCCCUAAUGAUGCCUCUGGAAAUCACUACCAACCCUGGGAGCCCAAAAAACAACCUUGGAAAAUUUUGCAAGUCUCAGAACCUGCUGCCCGAGGGCUCUGGAAGCCUGCUGAGGAUGAAGGGAAGCAUAAGGUUGUCAUCAGAACGUUGCCACGGGGCCAGUGCCUUCUCCACAACUGGGAGGAAGAGAGAGCCACCAACCACCUGGAUCAAGUCCCAAGCAUGCAGGAUGGCUCCGAGAGCUUCUAUUUUCGACACGGACACCAGGGACUGCUAACCCUGCAGCUACAGUCACCCAUGCCCCUCAGCACCACCCAGAAAGACUCAUACCAGCCCCCAGGAAACCGCUCUCAGCCAAUUAGAGGGAAGCGUGAAGCCAUGCUGGAGGUGCUCCUGUGCCACCAGAUCUGUAAAGAGGUGCAGGCAGAGCAGAAACCCACAAGGAAGCACUUUGAGGUGGAGUCUGUGACACACCAUGACUACCAAAAGAAGCUGGCGCAGGCAGGGCCUCCUGCCCCAACAAAGCCUCAUGACUACCGUAAGGAGCAGCCUGAAACUUUCUGGAUACAGAGGGCACCACAGCUACCGGGUGUCAGUAACAUCAGGACACUGGACACACCAUUCCGGAAGAACUGCAGCUUCUCAACACCAGUGCCUUUGUCCCUGGGGGAGCCUUUGCCCUAUGAACCUGAGAAUUAUUGCUACCAAUUGGGAGAAAUCUCUUCCCUUGGCUGUGAGGGAAGAGGGCAGGGUGGCAGAGGGGAUAGAACUGUCUAA